AUGGAUGCGCUCGACUGGGAGGGACAAGAUGGAAGAUAUUUCUUAAUCCAAUCGCCCGUCUCGACCAUCACCAAUAAGACUACAUAUUUCGUUCUUCACAAGGACAGAUGGGUUUUCGAUGCAAGGAAUAAUGAUAUCAUUCAAAAGUUGUCUGGUGAGGAUGGAGAAAUGGAGCAGCUUCAAGCCACUUUUCAUAAUCGAACACGAAAUUUGCGUAUCAACGACCGUGAAGACUUCAGCACAAGUCCAGCUAAUCCAUCUUCACGUAUAAAAUUAUCGGGCAUAUAUAUGCCCAUUAAUUAG